UUCUUAACUGUUCCGCCUGGAAACAUAUUGCUGUAAAAGAGUUCCGCUGUGAAAGUAGGAUGGCGUGGUGUAGACCCAAGAGCUCAGAUAAGCUUAUUGGGCAGUUUCUUGGCACUGGAUACGUGGUCAGAAACAAGAUGAUCAAACAUUGGGGCGUAAUUGGAGGGAUAGCUGCUGCAAUUGCAGCUGGAGUUUAUGUGCUUUGGGGUCCAAUAACAGAGAAAAAGAAGCGAAAGAAAGGAAUGGUUCCAGGUCUCUUGAACUUAGGGAACACAUGCUUUUUGAACUCUUUGCUUCAAGGUUUAGCAGCAUGUCCCUCCUUCGUCAUAUGGCUUGAGAGGUUUUCCCAGUCAACUCUGACAUCCAGGGAAACCCCACUAUCCAAAACUCUUCUUAAACUUCUCAAAGCUCUGUCCAGUGAUGAGCCCUCCGAGGAAGACAUACUUGAUGCUGGGUGUGUCCUGGAUGUGCUUAGAUUAUAUCGCUGGCACAUCAGUUCAUUUGAAGAGCAAGAUGCCCAUGAACUUUUUCAUGUUCUAACAUCAUCUCUGGAGGAGGAGCGGGAUCGUGAACCCAAAGUCACUCACUUGUUUGAUAUGCAGUCUCUAGAGUUUUUGCCUCAAGAGGAAGAAAAAAAUAUGGCAUGUAGGAGUGGAGCUCCUCUACAUCCAAUACCCAGUACUUGGAAAUUUCAGCAUCCUUUUCAUGGACGUUUAACAAGCAACAUGUCAUGCAAGCGAUGCGAACACUUGAGCCCUGUGCGAUAUGACUCAUUUGACAGUCUUUCUUUAUCUAUACCUUUACCUCAGUGGGGGCGUCCACUUUCUUUAGACCAGUGUCUCCAACACUUUAUAUCAUCAGAAACCAUCAAAGAGGUGGAAUGUGAAAACUGCACAAAGCUUCAACAAGGACCAUUAGAGGUUUUACAUAGUCAAAGAACAACAUUUGUCAAACAACUUAAACUGGGAAAGUUGCCCCAGUGCCUUUGUAUCCAUUUACAAAGACUUACAUGGUCAAAUGAAGGCAGUCCUAUCAAGAGACAGGAACAUGUCCAGUUUUCUGAGCACUUAUCUAUGGACCGCUACAAACACAGUAGUUCAACACAAAGGCCUGUGCCUGUCAAGUAUUCUCCAACACCCCUGAAAACCACUAGUUUGGAAGAGGAGUCGAUAGUUAAACCCACUGUCAAUGGCACUGAGAAAGAGCACCAUAACAACAACAAACCCUUUUCAAAUGGAAACUGUUCAUCAUUAUUUCACUAUUCUGCUGGUGUGAGACCCCAGCUUAGCCUUUCGUGUGAUUUAGGUUCUGCAGAGUAUUUAUUCCAACUCACAGCUGUAUUGGUUCACCAUGGAGACAUGCAUUCGGGACAUUUUAUCACGUAUCGUCGCAGCCCUGCCUCGGCUCGCAGUUCUUCACUCUUUAGCUCUCAGUGGCUCUGGGUCUCAGAUGACUCUGUACGCAAAGCAAGCCUACAUGAGGUUCUGUCUUCAAAUGCGUACAUGCUUUUCUAUGAACGGGUACGAAGACUAACCUUGGGAUUGCAUUAAAAUAAUUAACCAUGUA